CGAACACACACUAUCAGGAGACCAACGCCACACUCAGUACCUCUCCAGCACCUAACCAUCACACAUGACAGUCUACCAGGCUCAGUACUGCACCAGUCGGAGAGAGGACAGAAGCGCCUCUUAUAUAGCCACUGGAGAGCGCCGUGGGGAGAGUCCAAAUCCUCGGCCAUCGUCAUCCCAGAUGCCUGUGGCUUCGUCAGUCCACGCAAACAUCUACACCUCCCGGGAGAGACUUCAGAGACUUGACAACUCCUCGGAGAGUGAUGACACAACCGCUAGGAACGGUGUUGGAGAGGCACGGAGCUGGCGGUGCCCCGGGGAGGAACAGCACCAGGGGAAGGAGGCGAUCAAUGUAGUGAUAGCGCUUCCAGUCGACACAGUCUUCGAUCUGCUCUUCGUCCAGGAACAGUUUAUGCUUGAUAUUUACAGUGUCAGGAAGACUUAUGACAUUGUCAUCCCGCCGUGGCAGGACAUGGAGGAAGGACAGAAGAGCCGCCAGUUGACCUUCACUAUGACUCUUCCCUCCUCCAACCUCGUCGCCUCCAAGGUCUCCUACGUCACUGAAAAACAGGUAAUCCAGUCACAGACACAGCCAGGCCUGGUAUACGUGGUAGAGACGGAGACGGUCAACAGCGGGAUACCUUACGCUGACGCCUUCUACAUCGCCACCCACUACUGCAUCAUGAAGGAGGAUGAGAUCAAGACCCGCCUUGUUACUUGGGUGUGCAUCAAGUACAAGAAGACAAUUUGGGGUUUUCUGAAGGGUUUGAUAGAGAAGAACACUUUUAUGGGGGUGGAGGGACUGUUUGCCGAGAUAUCACAGCAACUAACGAAAGAGGCGGAGAAGAGGGCCCCACCGGCUAUGGGUAUGAGGCACCGACGAAGGGGCCAAACAGGUGGCGAGAAGACCAGAUCCAACACGAAUUUACAUAAAACAGGUCCGACACCACCUCCUCCAGAGCAUAGCAGGAACUGUAGCUGGGCUGUGGUCAUGGUGUUGACGGCCCUAGUGGCUCUGGGAAUGGGCAACCUCAUCCUGUUUGCCAGAGUGAGGUGGCUGGAACACCAUUCUAUCCUGGGCUCACCUCUCUACUCCACACCUGCCACUAAGUACUUGAGCGUGACUGGGUCGUGGGAGGCGGUGGCGAGGAUCCUGCAGCGUCAGGAGGGGCUACACGUCAACCAGAUGAAUCACUGGAAAGCCAAGCUUCGGGAGUCCUCGCACACCCUUCAACAGGUACAACAAUCACUAGAGACUUUAUUAAAGACGAUCCCGGAACACGAGGAGCUCCUGAAGUUGGCCUUACUACAGGAGAGCGCCGAUGUAGAGACCGGGUGGUUGGAGGCCGAGGCGAGACUUGAACAGCAGCUACAAGACCUGGAAGGAAGACACACCCAGUCACAGAACACACUCGAGGACAACCAGUAGGAUCUACUUCCAGAUCUGCUACAGAGCGACAACCACCUUCAGGAAAAUGGCAACGGUCUUUCCUCGAGUCACACGACAGUAAAUCAUGACGAAGAGUGAACAAAAUGUCAGUAUAUUUAAUGAAGACAAAACGCCAGUCGUAAUCAUGGCUGCUUGCUUGUAAAAACACUCACUGAGAACACAAGAGAUUGCAGACUGGGGAAGACUAGACCGGCUACAAGUAUGUCUUAAGGCAGUUACUAACUAGCUCUCAGGUUCCUGCCCAUGUCUUUCCAUCCGUCAUCGACGCGUCACUUUUAUUUUGGUACGCACUUCUUGAACUUAAUUCUUACUAACACCAACAAAGAUUUAUACCUUUCAUGAUUCUUAGAUGCUGAAUGAUUAGUAUAAUUACCAACCUUGCUACGCUACUUAAAUACCUUAAUAAACUUAGUUGUUGAAGUACAGUAAUAACAGUAGAAAGUCAUAUCUUGUCCUGGUAGUUCUUGGUAUUUGAUUAGACAAUAUGACACAACGGACGAGGAAUUUUGACAACUCUACCGAGACAACAGGAGUCGCAUUGUUCAUUUUGAAAUUCAUCGGACCUCUCCUUAAAGGUAUUUUUUGGAGCGAGUACACCUUGUCUUACGAAACGAAAAUGGAAGUAUUCUUCCAUGUGUUCAACCUAAGUCAUUAUUAUUUUACUUUCGUUAUUGACAAAGUGUUAUAGUGUAGUGCUGUCUGUCUAUAAGGCAUCAUCAUCUCAUUAUACAGUGUGUGAUGGAUUCUUUCAACCCUUUCGCUGCGUUUCCCGCACUUACCAUUGUAUUCUGGCUGCCACCGGACGAUUUUGUUCAGCUUAGGGUAACCUCCCUCUGCCAAAGGGUGAAAACACUGUACAGUACACAUCAUCAUUACCACCUGACCACAUACACGUGUCUUAUAAGUCUUAUCAAAACUUUUUACCAGAGAUGUGGAGUAAUAUACGCUAACUCAAUGUAGGGGCUUAAUUUUUUGGAGUUAAUUUAUUGAGCGUUGUAAACACCCGCCCUGCUGUUCUAAGCCUCGUCCUAUAAUACAAAACCAGGUAUUUGUUGCCUCAUAAAACAGUACUCGGGGAUUUCAUAGGAUAGGCCUAUUGGUGAUGAUUUACACAUACACACUCACAUUUGCACAAAUGUUAAAUUAUACAAAAGUUUCUGUAUGAUACAAUUAAACCUGACAAGAAGACACAGGUGUUGAGUGUGUUACUUUGUCCUACAGGUUGUUAAUGAGUUGUUUAAUAGGUUAAUGAGGAUUUUAAGUUGCAUUAAACGGUAUCUGUGCCAUCGAGGUGUUUACUGUUAUGUGAAUUCAUUCAUUUCAUACAAUAAAUGAUUUGUUUACUGCUCACACGA